AUGUCAUGUCAAUGAACGCCAUAACCAUUGUUAUUUCGGUUCUGCUGUAAGUUUAUCAAGAAAAUAUUGUACAGCAUUUAGAAAGUACGUAAAAAUGAGUGAAUUAGUUUGGGGAAUCAAAAACGGCGACAUAGACCAAGUCAAAGACAUAGUCGAAAAUAAGAAUAUAGAUGUCAAUGCCUUAAUUGAUGGAAGAGUUCCUCUACACUAUGCUGCGGAUUAUGGUCAAACAGCUGUAUUAAACUAUCUCCUGGACAAGGGUGCAGAUCCGAAUAUGGUUGAUAAGCAUGGCAUCUCAGUGCUGUUGGCAGCUAUAUGGGAAGGCCACACAGACUGUGUCAAGACACUGCUCAAAAAUGGUGCGUCUAAAAACGGAAAAACCCCAGAUGGAACACCAUAUCUUGAAGCUGCUGAAAAAGAAGAAAUAAAAGAACUUCUCACAUAGAAUGUAUAUGUAAUCAGAACUGUAAUAAGCAAUCGCUCACGUUUUUGAUUUGAUGCUAAGGAAAAAUCACUAAGAUCAAACAAUAAAUUAAUCUAUUAUAAAAUAU